UUAUCCGAGUAUUCCAUAUUCUUUAACGAUAUUUUGUUACUGUAAUUACAUGCAAUAAAAAUACUUGUCAAAAUCUACAUGCCUUAUAUUGGCAAAAUCAUUUGAUUCUAUCGUAUUCUACUUCAUUCUAUACAAAAUGGCGUGAUUGUGUGUAAAUGUAAACGGGAAUAGACACGUGUAAUUGAUCGAAAAUAACAGUGACAUUUUCUAUUUGUAUAUACAAUACGUUAUUUAAGUAAAGGACACAACCACCAUGGAUGCAGAUCUAUAUGAUGAAUUUGGUAACUAUAUAGGCCCCGAUUUAGCUUCUGAUAGUGAAGAUGAAAACGAAUAUGGAAAUGCUGGCGAUGACGCGGAUGACAGAGAACGUUCAGAUGAGGAGAUGGAAGAAGAUAAGGAUGAAUCUAGAGAACAACUGGAGCAAGGAAAUUCUAUGGCAGUGGUACUUCACGAAGAUAAAAGAUAUUAUCCCAGUGCUUUAGAAGUUUAUGGACCAGAGGUAGAAACUUUAGUACAAGAAGAAGACGCGCAACCAUUAGAUAAACCAUUGAUUGCUCCAACCAGAAGACCAAAAUUUCAAAUAAAACAGCAGCAACUUCCAGAAACAACAUACAGUAUUGAAUUUUUAGCAGAUAUGAUGGAUGCACCUCAUCUUAUAAGGAAUGUUGUUUUACUUGGUCACUUGCAUCAUGGUAAAACCACUUUGGUUGAUUGUUUAGUGAGGCAAACACAUCCCUACUUACACAGUGUAACAGAUGAAAAGCCAUUGAGAUAUACAGAUACUCUAUUUACGGAGCAACAGCGAGGUGUAUCGACAAAGGCCACACCCGUGACCCUACUACUUCAAGACGUGAAAUCAAAAUCCUAUCUCUUAAAUAUAUUCGAUACCCCGGGUCAUGUGAACUUUUCAGACGAAGCUACAGCAGCUAUACGUUUAUCCGACGGAGCGGUACUAAUUGUCGAUGCUGCUGAAGGUGUCAUGUUAAACACGGAACGUCUGCUAAAACACGCGCUCCAAGAGAAACUAGCGUUAACGGUGUGCAUAAACAAGAUAGAUCGUCUCAUUCUAGAACUGAAGUUGCCUCCGCUCGAUGCAUAUUACAAACUGAGACAUAUCAUCGAAGAGAUCAAUGGACUUAUAGCACUAUACUCGGACUCAGAGAAUCCGUCUUUUGUCUCACCAGCGAUCGGAAACGUAUGUUUCGCGAGUUCCGAAUACAAUGUCUGUUUUACCCUCAAAUCUUUCGCGGCACUUUACGCCAAGACACAUCUCACUCUUAACGCCAACGAGUUCGCGAAAAGACUAUGGGGCGACAUAUAUUUUAACUCGAAAACACGAAAAUUUACGAAAAAACCACCGCAUAAUACUGCUCAGCGCAGUUUCAUCGAGUUCAUUCUCGAACCCUUGUACAAAAUAUUCGCACAAGUGGUCGGUGAUGUCGACACGACGUUACCCGAUGUGUUGGAUGAACUGGGCAUAAGAUUAACAUCCGAGGAAAUGAAAAUGAACAUAAGACCUCUGUUGAGGCUGGUGUGUACACGUUUCUUGGGCGAUAUGUGUGGAUUAGUAGACAUGUGUGUAGCUCAUGUUCCCAGUCCUCAGUCGCAUGCACCGGUCAAAGUUCAACACGUAUACACGGGACCAAUGGAUUCGCCUUUAGCGCAGGAUAUGAUUAAUUGCGAUCCUGAUGGAAGAUUGAUGAUACACAGUACAAAAAUGUAUCCCACGGAGGACUGCACGCUGUUCGUAGUUCUAGGAAGAGUCAUGUCCGGAACUCUCGAGGCAGGACAACGUGUCCGUGUGUUGGGUGAAGCGUACUCGCGUACGGACGAAGAGGAUUCUCGCGUUCUUACAGUAGGAAGGCUAUGGAUCAGUGAGGCGCGCUAUUCGAUCGAAUUGAACAGAGUACCUGCGGGCAAUUGGGUACUUAUCGAGGGCAUCGAUAGACCUAUCGUGAAAACCAGCACGAUUACCGAUCUUAAAAAUUCGGACGAUCUACACAUUUUCCGACCAUUGAAAUUUAACACACAGAGCGUAAUCAAAAUAGCGGUCGAACCUGUUAAUCCAUCAGAGUUGCCAAAAAUGUUAGAUGGUCUGAGAAAGGUGAACAAAAGUUAUCCUUUGUUGGGCACCAGGGUCGAAGAGAGUGGAGAACACGUGGUCUUAGGAACGGGUGAAUUGUACUUGGACUGUGCGAUGCACGAUUUACGUCGCAUGUACUCCGAGAUCGAUAUAAAAGUGGCAGAUCCUGUGGUGGCUUUCGCAGAAACAGUUGUAGAGACAAGUUCCCUUAAAUGUUUCGCCGAAACGCCAAAUAAACGAAACAAGUUAACCAUGAUUGCCGAGCCUCUCGAAAGAGGUCUUGCCGAAGAUAUAGAGGCAGAACAUGUUCGAAUUACGUGGAAUAAGAAGCGGUUAGGAGAGUUCUUCCAAACAAAGUACGACUGGGAUUUGCUGGCCGCUCGAAGUAUAUGGGCGUUUGGACCAGAUGCCACUGGACCCAACAUUCUGGUCGACGACACGUUGCCAUCGGAAGUGGACAAGACAUUACUGAACAGUGCUCGUGACGCCAUCAUUCAAGGAUUUCAGUGGGGUACACGAGAGGGUCCACUUUGCGAGGAACCGAUUAGAAACGUGAAAUUCAAAAUCCUGGAUGCCGUGAUUGCUCAGGAACCACUUCAUCGAGGAGGUGGUCAAAUAAUUCCAACUGCCAGGAGGGUAGCGUACUCCGCUUUCCUCAUGGCAACACCCAGAUUGAUGGAACCUUAUUUAUUCGUCGAAGUCCAAGCCCCCGCCGAUUGCGUGUCGGCCGUUUAUACGGUACUGGCUAAAAGAAGAGGUCACGUGACCCAAGACGCUCCCGUUCCCGGAAGUCCCUUGUACACCAUCAAGGCUUUCAUACCGGCGAUCGAUAGCUUCGGCUUUGAGACCGACUUACGGACGCACACGCAAGGCCAGGCGUUCUGUCUGUCCGUGUUUCACCAUUGGCAGAUUGUACCUGGCGAUCCUUUGGAUAAAAGCAUAACUAUACGACCACUCGAGCCGCAGCCAGCCACUCAUUUAGCUAGGGAAUUUAUGCUGAAAACACGAAGACGGAAGGGCCUGUCCGAGGAUGUGUCUAUCAAUAAAUUCUUCGACGAUCCUAUGUUAUUGGAAUUAGCUAGACAAGAUGUAUUACUCAAUUAUCCACUGUAAUUUGUAGCUAUAAAUAUCGAACAUUAAUUUUAACGUACGGACUUAUUAUUAAAGAACUAAUUUUGUAUAAA